GGAGAAUGCAGAACUAUGGCAGGUGCCGACGCUGUGCCGCACAUCGUCGCGGUCGUCCUCAACAAGCAUACGCAACAUUCAUCUGCCCACGCCUAUCUCACCUACAUAUACACCAUGUCGUCGAGCACAAGCAAGAGAAGGGCCGAGGACAGCCCAGUAAAGAGCAAGUCGAAGAAGGCAAAACGGGACGAGGACGACGAGGAAGAGUUCGAAGCCUCAGCGUCUGAGGAGAGCGGUGUAGACGAUGACGAACUACAGGCUCUAGACACAUCCAACAUCAUCGCCACAGGAAGAAGGACACGAGGCAUCCGCAUCGACUACACGAAAGCCAAGCAUCAGGUUCCAGAGGACGAAGACUCGGAGGACGAGAAACCGAAAAAGAAGAAGACCAAAGAGGUCAAGCCAUCGAGUUCAAGUAAAAGCAAGCAUUCUAAUUCGUCCGGGGCUACUUCGUCCUCUAAGCCAGAGGUCAAAAAGCCAAGCUCAUCAAAGAAAAAAGUUAUAGAGUCGGAGGAAGAGGAGGAAGAGGAAGAAGAGGAAGACGACGACGACGAAGAUUAGGUGACUGUUUCGUCUGUUUCUUGCGUUCUUUUCCUGUGGGGUGUAGUGCUGCUGCAACGGAUGACUGGUCCUGAUUCACGCACUCCUGAGUGUAGAAAUGGCAGAGUGUGUAGUAUCAUCGCCUUGUAUUAGAGUGUACAAGUAGUAUAUACCCGGUAGAAA